UCUUGACUUAUAAGUUGUUUCCAAAGUUACCAUGGCAACUGCCUGUGGACAAUGCUUGAGGUGGUCAGAAACUGUGGUAACUGUGGAAACUUGAAAAUCAUCUACAGGAGCUCAUGAGUUUUUUUCCCGAUUCAAGAGUUAAACAAGAAGUCGUCUGAUUGAGGACUGGUAAAGAUGGAAGACACCUCUCCAGAGUUUACUGAGAUGGAUAAUGUAUUAGAAAAAAGAUUAGACGGACCACCGAGCAAAAAAUGUAAACUUGAUAAACAUAUUUUGGGGUUAACCGAAGCGGAUAAGUUUCACGCCGUCCCGUCAGGCGACUUGAGUGAUUUUCAUCAUCACCAUUCUGCCAAGAAUCAUAAGAGUGAAGGGUCAAAUUUUGGGGAGGACUUCAGGGUGCUGGAUGAGUUUGCAGAUGAUGAGGAGGAAUUUGGAGAGUUCAGUCUCUCAUCCCUGAGGGAUGAGGAUGGUUGUAAUGAUGAUUAUGAGGAAGAUGAGGAAGACGAUGAAGAUGACAUGGAUAGCCUCGGCAGCGAGAUUGACGCCCUUCUUGAUGAGGGAUUGCCUGAGAUGUACAACAAGGAACCGAAGAGGAAACGAGGAGGAGCGUUGCUUGAGACGGAGGCGGGGGCAAGCAGAGAGACGGAUGAAUCGUUACCAGAUGGUGUGGUUGGAGUAAGAACUAAGACCAUCUUAAGGAAGAGAGGUCAGAUGCCACUAGAAGGCCUUCCAGACGGAUGGAUAUCAAUCGUUCAUGAGUGCGGUAUGCCGUUGUAUCUCCAUCGACCAAGCAGGGUGUGUACGUGGUCUCGACCGUAUCUACUUGGUGCUGGAAGCGCAAGGAAACACAGACCACCUCUUGCCAGCAUACCCUGUCUUCAUUACCAAAGAGAAAAGGACAAAGAAGCUGCUCCUAAAGAAGUCGAGCAAGAAGGAUCCUCGCUUCAAGAUGCAGAGGUAUCUCAGGAGGCCAACAAAGAUGUACCCAAAGACGGUGAUCUGUCUGCCAAACAAGAAGAUAAAGCUGAAGGGAACAGUGCCCCGGACACGGCAAAACAAGAUCCUCUACAGAGCCACAACAUCCGUAUAUGCAAGGAUGAGUCUGUCAGUGACACUGAAUUGAGAAGUUACCUUGAGCAGCUGUUUGACUUUGAGGUCGUCUCAAUAAACAAAUUCAAGACCUGGGCUGACAGAAGGAAAUACACCAAAGAAGUCAAAGCAAAGCAUGAAGUCUUGAAUCGACCACAGUUUCCUGGUCACCCUGCUGUAAUAACCUGUAGGAUAGCUGGUAAUCAAAAGGAUACCAAACGAGAGUUUGUUUUGAAUACAACUAACAAGACUCCGGUGUGCAUCCUUCAUGAGUAUUCACAGAUUGUUCUGAAGACUCAACCAACGUACACCUUUGAUGAUAGCGGGAAUGCCAAUUGUCCAUUUCAAGCUUAUGUAAUGAUUCACGGCACCAAGUAUGGCAAGGGGCAAGCCAAGAGCAAGAAGGAGGCAAAAAUGGAAGCAGCAAGGGCGACACUAGAAAUCUUGAUUCCUGGUGUUGUGUUGAAUGAAGGCAGUAAGAAGACCGGUAAAGAGCAAGACUCGGAGCAACUUGAGUAUUUUGACCAUAUAGCUAUCACUGACAGCAGGGUGUAUGAUCUGUGCACCAAGUCUGGUCAACUGACUCCCUUCCAAGUCCUUGGUGAAUACAGACAAAGGAAUCACGGCAUGGAGGCGAUGAACUUCAACUAUGAAGUCAAGAUAACCAAUCACCAUAAGAGAGAGUAUACAAUGACACUUGGAGAGCACAUAGUCACAGGUUUUUGCAAGAAUAAAAAGGUUGGCAAGCAGCAAGGGGCCCAGCAGUUACUUCAGCUUCUUCAUCCACAUGUUGAUAACUGGGGAGGAAUCAUCAAAAUAUACGGCAAAGGGACUGUCUCAAGAAACAUGAAGAAGAAAGAAGCAGAGCAGAGCAUAAUCAGACUUCAAGCUAAAUGUGAAAAUGCUCCAAAUGAAGCAAUCUUAAAGAAACUCAGAGAUGAGAUGCUGGCAUUCUAUGACAAAGUGAAACAGGAUGAUGAUGCUGAAGAUGGUUGAAGAAAUACUCCAGCCCCGUGUCUUCAGAAGGAACAGUCCUUAGAAGGAAGUUCAUUGAUGCAGGGUAAUCAGGCUAAUGCUGACCAAUGCUGGAAUGUGAAGUGAGUGAUUUCUGUUGGAAUGGGAGGUGACUGCCCUGUAGGCUAUGUUCCUAAAGUUCGAAAACCCUAUGUUCCGAAAACCCUCUGUUCCGACAACCCCAUGUUCGGAUAAACUUAUGUUCAGACAACUCUAUGUUCUGACAAACCUAUGUUCCGAUAAACUUAUGUUCCGACACCCUUAUGUUCCAAUAACUCUCUGUUCCAACAACCCUUUGAGGUGGUCAAAGAAAAAGUGAAGGGAGGCAUUGCUUUCCAGGAGGUGGGCAGGGGCCAUGUUGUCGGCUUUUGACGGCACUGCAUGUAUCUAGAUUGUUCAUGGGGGGGGGUUGGCACUUGGGGGGUUGCCUGGAAUGGGCAUGUGCCCUGACCCGAGAAAAUGAAUAUCUUGAGACAAUAUGUCUACGAAGGAAUGUAUCCUAUUUAUUAUUUCUCUUUACAAUUUGUAUAAUUUAAAAGAAGAAUUCAAGUUAUCGAAACUGAAUUAAAAGCAUGCCUUCGAACCCUGCACAGCUUUUCAAAGAAACAGUAAACAAUGAACUAUACUUCAAAUGCUAACACUCUUCAAGCCAGUUUUAUUGUAGGCUUACAAAUAUUUUUCCCAUUUGAAAAUAUCUGCAAUAAUAUACAAAAAUUAUUAUUUUUAUAUAGGUUGUUAUAACAACCAUAUUUUUACUUACUAAUGGCAAGAUACAGUGUAAGUAAUGAAGGCCUAAUGAAUACUUUAUUGGACUGUUUUUAAUUCUAGUUGGUUGAGAAGAGACUGAUCCUUUAAAGGUGUUAUACAGGAUUGGCAGAGCUUACAAAAAAGCCCAUACAGUGUUAAUGUUUUGUGUGAUCACCCAUAUACAUGAAAUAACAAACCUGUUAAUUUUGUUGCUUAAAGGCAGUGG